GCCCUGAGCUUUCACAUCAGGCUGGACAAUGAGAAUGGCAUUUUCCACUGACUGCUUUUGAGAAGCAGGGAUCAAGAAAUUUCCUCUCAGGAAGCUAUAUAAGUACGUGGAGAGCAACUGUAUUGCAGUUCGUGAGCUCCAGAGCCCCAGAGAAAAUUAGAGCACCUGUUCUGCAGAUUUGCACCCCUCAUUGUGCAGUUCUGGUUUCAAAAAAGGACUGCUUUGUCUUUAAAAAAAAAAUCUUCUAAAGAUAUUCUUAUGGGAAAAUCUCUGCAUUGCUGAAGCAUAAAAAAAAACCAGGACUGGUAGCAAGAGCACAGGUGGUAUACUCCUCGUGCUGAAGGAACAACACGGCAAAUGCUAACAGCUGAGAGAAACGCGUUUCCUAUCAGCAGCAAGUAAACUGAUGGACAGUCUGCACUGGAGCCAUGGGAUGUAAAACUUCUGUACCUGACAGUGCGGUAAAAAAAUCAGAGAGGGUCCUUAAAGCCGCUGUCCUCAUCCAGAGAUGGUACCGUGUGACAAUGGCCCGGAUAGAGAUGAGGCGCCGCUAUAGUCUGAAUAUCUUUCAGUCAAUUGAAUAUGCCGAUGAGCAAGCUCAACUACAGCUAUCCAGCUUUUUUGCAUUUAUGCUGGAUCACUUUUCUCGUCUUGAUGCAGAUUCUCGCUUUUUCGAGAGCCCUAGUGUUUCUCAGGUGACAGACUCAAGCUUAAGUUUAACAGAAUUGGAAAAGAGGAUUGAGGUUCCAGACUCCUAUUAUGGACCACGACUCAAGUUCCCCCUCACUCCUGCAGAUGCCAGUGCUCUUCUUGAUGCUUUCAAGAACGAAGAGCUGCUUCAUGCCCGCUACGUACUGCAGCUAUUACAUGAAACCAGGAGGGUUCUUAAGGAGAUGCCAAAUAUCACUCAUCUUUCAACUUCCUACUCCAAGGAGAUAACUGUCUGUGGAGAUCUGCAUGGAAAACUGGAUGAUCUUUUGCUGAUAUUCUAUAAGAAUGGUCUGCCUUCAGAAAAAAACCCUUAUGUCUUUAAUGGUGAUUUUGUUGACAGAGGAGACAAUUCUGUGGAAAUACUUAUAAUCCUGUUUGCAUUUCUUCUUAUCUACCCCAAUGAUUUACACUUGAAUAGAGGAAACCAUGAAGACUACGUCAUGAACGUGAGAUAUGGCUUCACAAGAGAAGUUUUGAGGAAGUAUAAGGUCCAUGGAAAAAUAAUUUUGUGUCUUCUGGAAGAUGUCUUUAGCUGGCUUCCCCUCGCCACUGUAGUUGAUAGCAAAGUUCUUAUCCUACAUGGAGGAAUUUCAGACACCACUGAUUUGGAUUUCCUGAAUUUGAUUGAGAGAAACAAGCUGAGAUCUUUGAUGCGGCCACCAAAGUCAGUUACAGACAUCAAGGAUCAAAUAAAGGAGAAAGUUCCCAGUACCACACCCAAUAAAUACAGUGCUCAUCAGAACAUUUCAGGGAAAAGGAGAGACAUAUCUUCAUCAAGGUCCAGCCCUAGAAGAGAGAGCACUUCCUAUGCAAUUGCUGAAGAGUACCAGAGACUUGUGAAGGAUGGCAUGAGCUCAGGCCUCCUCUCUGCGACAUCAGUUUCAGACCCAGACUGGUCUACAGAGCCCACCCAGAAGGAAUGGCAACAAACCCUUGAUAUUCUCUGGAGUGAUCCAAGAAGCCAAAGGGGCUGUGUACCAAACAAGGGUCGAGGAGGUGGCUGUUACUUUGGCCCUGACAUCACUGCCAAGUUGUUUGAAAGGUACAACCUGAAGAUGCUUAUCAGGUCUCAUGAAUGUAAGCAAGACGGUUAUGAGGUCGGUCAUGGUGGCAAGGUUAUCACUAUUUUUUCUGCCUCUAACUAUUAUGAAGCUGGGAGCAACCGGGGAGCAUACAUCAAACUGAAUCCUGAUCUGAGUCCUCGUUUUAUACAGUAUCAAGUCAGUAAAAACACUUGCAGACAGAAUCUGCAGGAGAGGGUUAGCACGGUCGAAUGGUCUGCCUUAAAAGCCUUACGAGAGAAGAUAUAUGCACACAAGACUGAACUCACAGAGGCUUUUAUAAACAAAGAUCGCACUGGCACAGGCAAACUUUCUGUCAGUGACUGGGCAGAAGUGAUGGAAUCUGUCCUAUGUUUGGAGCUGCCCUGGAGGACGCUGCGGCCUCAGUUAGCAUGGAGCAGCCCCGAUGGAUGCAUCGAAUACAUGACAUGUUUUCAUAAUUUGAAAAUAGGAAAACCAGUAGAGGAGCAGGUUCAGCCAGCUUUGGUGGAAACGGUGUGCAGAUUCAGAAAGGAUCUGGAGAUGAUCUUUAACUUCAUUGAUAAAGACCAUUCAGGCCUGAUUUCUCUUGACGAAUUCCACCAGACAUGGAGACUCUUCUGUGUUCACAUGGGAAUCCAAAUAGACAACGAAACCAUUGACAAGUUAGCCAACAGCAUAGACUACAACAAAGAUGGCAACAUUGACUUCAAUGAAUUUUUAGAGGCCUUUCAUGUGGUUCAUAGACUAGAUAAAAAGGCAGAUGAAUGAAGAAGCAGAACUUCUUGAGAGUUCCUGAUGGAAGCUCAACUCACCUUUCUGCCACUAGUCAUGGGUUGCUUCGGAAACCAGUUUCCAGACUGGCAAACACUGAAUGGGCUGCUUGAUUUGGUAAGCUUGAUAAAUACAUGGACUAGAACAAACAAAAGCAUCGUGCUCACUGUGUAAGCCUUUAUUUAGUCCCUUCUGUAUGAUAUAUACCUGCUAAUAAUGAGACAGACAAGAUGAAAAAACACUACUUACAGUAUUACAGCAUCACUGCCACAUCAGUGUGUUACCAUUUAUUCUCACCCUUGGUGGUGUCUCACCCAACAAUCCACCUUCUGAACACUGCCAACAUAGGACCUAUAACCUAGUGGGAGAGAAACCUUGGUAUGUUUUUCUCAGCAGCCCUUAUAAACAGUUGAGGAACUACUGAUUACCACGAGGAACAUAUCAGACUCUCUUUGAUUAAUAACAUGGAACUCUAACAGGAACAAAAGAGGCCUUCUGUGGACUAUCCAAUCCAGGAGGGGAAAAACAAGGAAGAAGAAACAGCUAGUUAAAAUAUGUAGUUCUGCAUUUAACUGUUCUCUUUGCAUGAUGCAGUGACAUUAAACAUUCCAGGUCA